CUCCACUCGGUGGCGCUACGAACAGCAAUAUUAGAGUAAAACUACACAGUGAAAAGCAGAAGAAGCUUCUCUCGCACGACUUUGACGUUUAGCAGCAGCGGCCAGGUUGACCUUCUUCCUGCAGCGUGACAAACUAAAAGAUGGCUGGACGUGCGUUUGCAGGUUGGUGGGCCAAGAUGGGCCCUUACUACACUAAGGCAUACCAAGAGAUGUGGGUGGGUCUUGGCAUUAUGACCUACCUGUACUACAAAGUUUCCUAUGGAGGCAAGAAAGCUGUGAAGGACAAACCAGCCCAUUGAGUUUUCCAUCAUGCUGACCACCCCCUCCACCUGCUGUUAAAUAAUGUCCCAGAAGUCCAGCUUCAUAUUUGAAUUUUUGUUAAUAUGGAACAAAUAAAGUUGUUAACCAGA